AUGGCCAAGGUAGAGGACUUCCCACCGGCCUUGGUUCAGAAGCUUCAAUCAGAAUUCAAACCACCACGAGGUCCUCAAACUUACAAGACAGCGGUACCAUGCAAAGGUCGAUUAACCUGUCUGCAUUGGAAUCCUGGAGGAUUGGCCCAGACCACGCUGGCUGAAAUACGCCUUUGGCUACAACGUCACCCAGUGGACAUUGUUGUAUUAACAGAGACGCGUUGGAGCUUUUCAGCCACUUGGAGUGACAAGGCAUGGAUAUAUGUGCAUUCGGCUUCUGCAGAUUACAAAAGUGGGGGCAUUUUGAUUAUGAUCUCCAGACGUUUGGCAUGCCCCGAACAAAUUGGCCAUCAGGCCAUUGUGGAUGGCCGUCUUGUGCAUGUCAGGGUGCAUUUUGACUCUCGAGCGCUGGACAUCUUGGCGAUUUACCAGCAUGUUGACAGCAGGAACAAGCUCUCUGCUCAGCAAAGGGAACAGAUCUGGGAUGCCCUCAACACGGCCCUUGACAAACAACCUUCCCGUAACAACUUGAUUUGUGCAGGAGAUUUCAACUGUUCGCUGGAUUCCCAUCCUCCGUGGAUUGGUACAUCCUCAUACAAAUGGCAUGGGCGGAUGACCACUGGUUCCACUCAUCGGGAUCAGGCAAGACUCCAAGGAAUUCUGAAGCUGCAUGGCCUCACAGCCAUCAACACUUGGGGUGCCUCAGGAGCAGACCUUUCCGUGGUCCAUCAAACCAUUGUAGAUAAAUGGCAUUUCAAGAAGCAAUUGUGGCACCUUGCAAAUACAGGCAGAGUGAACUUGUCCACGAUGAUGCAGGCAUGGCACCACCGCAGCCGAUACCAAGUGCUCCAACGUACACAACAGAAGGCACUUCGACAGGCCCGAAAAGAACAGUUUCAGGCGUUGUGCCAUGAGGUAUCCAAUGCAGCGCAUGUCCAUGACACGCACUCCAUGUUCAACAUCAUCAACCGAUUUGCGCCCAAACGUCCAUUGACACGGGCAAGACUUAGGGGACCAGAUGGUACCAUUGCCGACCAAUACAUGGCACAUUCCCUCACAGUGGCAUUUGUGAAACAGAUGUGGCAAGGCCCCAGCCGUUUGCCGACAUUCUUUGAUGCGCCACCGGGAAUUCCUUUUGAGUUAGCAGAAUUGGCUGAUGCGGUGGCAAAGGUCCACACCAACAAGUCAGUUGCGCAGCCUUUCCUACCAGGACUCUCAUUGUUCUUGGAUUUGAAUCGUGCCUUUGACAGUGCCGAUAGGUGUGCCAUCUUUGAACAUCUCAUCCAAUUAGGCACCCCACCCAAUUUGGUGCAGCUGGCAGCCAGCUGGCAUGAAGUCGCACACAUCACUGGGUAUCAAUGGGUUCAUGAUUGCCUGACGAUCUACGCAGACGACGUGCAUGUUGGUUGCCUGUUCCGGUCCAAACAUGAACUACACAGCCAUUUGGAGAACAUUGGCCAUACCCUUGACGUGAUUGAAAGCAUGAAGUUGUCUUUGUCUUACUCCAAGUCUCACAUGCUGAUUGCCUAUGCCGGCACCAACGCACGGGUAGCUCUCAAAGGCGUAAUGCAACGAUCGCCCACGGGCGCCAGCAUCCGAGUGCCCCGCCUGGGAAGAGAACACACCUGCCUACCGCUGCGAAGUAAGGGAUCUUAUCUUGGUGUUUGCAUCAGCUAUCAUGCCUUUGAGCUUCAGACUUGGCAUCACCGCAAACAAGCCAGUUGGUUAGCUUUUGCCCGGUUGCGUGCCUGGCUCAGAAGCAGGCAAUUGACGCGUGCUCACCGCAUGUAUCUGUGGAAGACUUGUGUGUUUACGGUGCUCACUUAUGGCCUACUCGCUACCAAUGUGACCAUACCAGUCCUUUUUGACUUUCAGGGAACGAUAUACAAAAUGGUCCGUAUAGUGCUGCAAGACCAUUCGUAUAUUACGCACAACACGCAUCAAGCUGCAUUUCAACAGCAUCAGAUCGAUCCUCCGCUUGAGAUGCUUCGUGCCCUUGCCAUGGGCCUGCUGCAACGCAUCCAGAGGCGUGCAACCAUUUUGAGCCCUAAUGAUUUCUUGCGUCAUUUGGAUUGGACCCAGCUACACGACCUCUUGCAUCUCAUUCAAAGCAUGCAAGUGCAUGCACCGGAGGUGCCCAUAAGUGCCAGCCCUGACGAUCCGAUCAGAGUUCAGGUGCCUCCCAUGUUGCCCACAUCGACCACAGAUGUCCGGCUCACGUUUCAGGAAUUGCACAGCCACUACCGCCUAUACCAUGAUGAACAGUUGAAGGGUGGCGUAGUCAAAGGAGCCCAACUCACGCAUGUGAUGCAGCUGGCCUCGCCGUGUGCUCUGUGCGCCAAGCAGUACAGCCGGGUCCAUAGCUGCCCAGUGACGCUUCAGCUUGGCAUUCUCCGGCUCCAGCUACAGGAACCAGACAUCCGUGCUCAGCAGGCACUGCUCUAUGCAGUUCGACAGUCGCUCAGGUACCUCUUGCAGGUAGUCAUGGCCUCUCGAGGUUGCAUUUGCAACCCUCAGGCGCACGAAGUUGGACUUGCCCACAUUUGUACACCAUUGCGUCAGGUUGCGAUGAUGAUGGUCAACAGUGAUGUGCAGCUUUUGGUCCCGACUCAGUUUCAUGUGGACACAUUGGCACCCUUGCUUACGCCAUUGCGGGAUGAAGCACUGACACAACAGAUGAUUGCUGCUUUGGUCUCAGGGACUUUGCCAAGCUCUGGACUGAUUCGCAAGAUUUUCAGUGCAUGUUGUGCCAACAAGUUUACAACUUGCCUGCAAAUGACAAUGAUCUGCCACAGCAAAGACAGCAGAUCCAACGGAGUCAUUUUGUCUCAAGCUGCCCGGUGGUCCUCCAGAUUGCCAUUCUGCUACAGCCUAUCCAUGGACGCUCUGAUGGAUCCGAACGACCAGGCUCUGAUGGAUGGAUUGGCAGCCCUUGGCCCGCUCCUGUUGGGCUCUCGGAAGCAUCACGAGGGAAGCGUCGAAGAACAGCAUCCCAAGCGGCACAAGGCCAAGGCCAAAGAAGAACAGGAGCACGACGGGCUCAACAAGGAGGCGAUCACAACGCUCCUUCGACUGAUGGGACAACUUCUUCUCAGCCACGAGAGGAGCAUCCAGCUCAACCAAAGGCAGGACUGCUUCGUUUUGUUUUGCCAAAAUCGACCAGAAGGCAUAGUUCCUCAUCUCACGACGUUGGCCAGCAAAUGGCGCGAGGAGUUGCCCCAGCAGAAGGACAACAUGAGAUGGCCCAAUCUCAGGACCUACCUGAUGAAGGGAGUGAUCACAGAACUCCACCGUCGGGUCCAGCAGCUGGCAGCCAGCAAACCAGGCGACCAGCUUUGGGACGUAGCGGUGAACAAAGGCACAAUUCACCCGGACGGGAGCUGGAGUUACCAGAAGUGGUCCCCGGAGCAGAAGCAGCUGAUCAAGGCCUCCCGCAGCCCAGUGGCCAUGGCGCAGAUGCUUCGGAAUCUCCAGAUCCUGGAGGAGCACUUCCAGAGCAACGCACACGUGAUGCGGUUUCAGAGCCUCAAGAACACCCAGAACAGCCAGGAAGCAAUCCCGUGGAUCUUACAGAUCUCACAUCGAGAAGCAGAAGCCUGGGAACUCAUGGUGGAGCUCUGCCACAACACAGUGUGGUCGUUGCUUGGAAUGUCGGUCAAACAGCAUUCCCAGGUGCUCUCGAAACCGGCCUUGCAAGACCUCUCAGAGCCCUUAGAUGCGGCUGCCAGACAAAGCUUGCGCGACCGGGCCUUGCAGCUUGCCAUGGCCAAUCCGGGGAAUGACUGCUAUGCCAAUAGCGCUUUUGUGAGCAUGAUCUGGGCCACACUAUCCAGAUCUGCAUUCACAUUUCAAGACUGGGGCGCACGAUCAGCCAUCCUACAACAAACCCUCGAACAUGCAGACGGGAUGUGGCACACCGAGCUUGGUAUGCUGGCUGGUCUCACGGACCCUGAGGACUUGUUGCUUUUGCAUGUGGACCGCAUGAUCCAUGCUCCUGAUGGCACGGUUGCCAAAUGCCAAGCUGCCCUUCGGUUUGGAUGGGAAGUCCAGUUACCAGUCUUGGGGUCCCAUGCAUGCACAUGGAUGCCAUACACCGUGAUUGCCUGCAUCGCUCACUUGGGAGGUCCCCAGAACGGUCACUAUCAGGCCAUACUCCGUACCUACCCAGAAGUUUCGGAUUUGGCCAGUCCCUCAAUGUGGAUGCUAUGCGACGAUGGACAUGCCCCACAGCGCAUUUUGAAUAUCCCUGAGAUUUUUGCACAGGGUAUUACAUGCCUUUGGAUGUGCCAGACAAACAAGGCCGACCUCCACAGAUUGAUGCCAGGCAGAGCACCUACAGGCAUUGCUGACUCCGAUCUCCUGGCUCUUUUGGCCACGCAGCCGGAUCCGGAACCGACCUUCCAAGCUGACCGACACGUCAGCCAUGCGAGAUGCGUCAUUCACACCAGUGCACUAGUGACACCUGUGGUGGGCUUCAUCACCAUUGCCAUUUUGGCAUUGUUUCACUGCGGCAUUUUGCUAAGGCAGUGCAUUGCAAUUUCAACCGGAACUCUUGGACGUUUGCCACAAACUGAGUUGGACAUCUGUCCCACCAUCUUGAGCUACAAGGCGGCUGACAAACAUGAUAGCUUUGAGGUUCAUCAGAUCAUUGCCAAGUACUCUCCAAAGCAGCCCAAAAAGAGGAUUCAGCUCAGAAAUGCUGAUGGAACGCCUGCCUCACCAGCUGAGGCGCUCCAGCUCACCCAGACCUUUGUUGAGUCCAUCUGGUCUGGUGAUGACCCGGUCAACCUUGGUCCACGGGACCCCCCUGGGGAGAUGCAAUUAGACGGGUGGCAGCCCAUUGCCAAGAUGUCCGAUGUCUCAUUGAGAAUCAGAAGAGAACAGCGCACCGACGUGCAGAACCCUGAAUUCUUUAAUUGUUGUGGAGGAAUCCAAAUCUUUUUAGAUAUUCAGCGUGCGUUUGAUCAGCUUCCUCGCCAAAACCUUUUUGAGCAUUUGGACACUCUUCACAAUGAGCCAGCGCUGACCACCAUCCUGGCCCAUUGGCACACCGAGACAAACUACUGCAUUGAUCAGGUCCAAAGCCAUGUUUCACCAACAGCUGAUCAGAACCUCGAGGUACGCCCUUGUGACCGUGGCAUGAACCUAGAGGCCCUUCUUCGUGAGGAAGAAGAACAGCGCAUUUUGCGUCUCCAUCAGAACUUGACAGCACAGCUUCUGACCAAGGAGUACGGACGUGCUUUGCUCCAAGUUGUGGCCACUGGCAAUUGGAAUGCCUUGCAGACCUUGGUCCCAGCUUGCAAGGCUCUUGCCCACCAGUGCUGCGUUUGUGAUUUUCACUUCAACAGAGCACAAGAGCUACACGUUCAUCUGCGUGUCCAUCAUCCACAGUGGGUGGCACACACCUUCACCAAGGCCUCACAGCUUUGCCGUGGAUUUGCCAGCAACUCACCGUGCAGAUAUUGCGAUACCAGCUUUAGACAGGCUCACUCAUGCCCUGUCCUUACACAGGCAGCCAUGCUGAUGCUUCACAUGCCGACUGAAUCAGGCGUUCCUGAGAUCCCUCCAAGGGCGGCAUUGCGGUGUGACAUUUGUGGCCUCCAGGCUGACUCCUUAGAUGAGAUCCAUGACCAUUUGGCCACUGCACAUCGUUUAGCAUUUCAUGAUUGGCAGCCGGAACGCGACUUGAUGGGAUCUGACCCAGCUUGCAAUCACUGUGCAACACCUUUUGCCAGUGUCUCUGCAGUCAGGCAACAUGUGACCUUGGGCCAAUGCCGUGCCUUCGACCCGUGCAGAUCCCCAUUUUUGUUGCCCAUUGCAGAUGAGCUGACACAGAUGCUUCAGACCGGUGACUUUCAACAAUUUUUGAGAGAUCCAAUGAAAAGGAUGCGCAUGACCUUACAUUGUGCUCAGUGUGGAGCCCGCUACACGAGGUCCAAUGACCUUAUGCUGCACCUGCAGACCGCUCACUCAGUCAUGUGGAAUCAGGCCCAGGCCAUGACACGCCUCCUCAUCAAGGACAGACAACUGACGGUGAUUUUGCAAAACCCUGUGCUGCUUGAGUUUUUGCGCUCCACUUGCGUCCUUUGUGGAGGUGCUUUUCACCCGGCUCUGCUGCGCGAUCACAUGGACUCUACAGAGACGGUCGCCCUGUCUGGCAACGAGACCAAGGAGCUCCUGGCAACGUUUGCGGCGAUGGCACCCUUGCUACAGAAAAGCAACCGGGGAGCAAACGCAGACGAACGGGACACCAAGAAGGUCAAGACCCAGCACAGACCUGCCCAGGGGGACAAGCCGGUGGAUCUUCAUCAGGUGGUGUUCCAGAUGGCUCGGCUUCUGAUCAAGCUGGACUCCGAUCAGAACCUUCUGAGAAAGCAAGACUCCUUCGUCUUCUACAUGCAAAUGGAGCCAGAAUCGGUGAUCCACGAGCUGACGGCCAAGGCCAAGAGCUGGCACCAGGAGAUGGCACAACCCGAGGGCCAGAUGAGGACGCAGGUGUGGAAGCCGUUGAGAGUGACUCUGAUGCAGACGCUGGCGCAAACGCUUCAGCACAGACUGAUGCGCCUCUACAAUGCCAAGGAGACAGAUGCGCUUUGGCAGACAGCGCUGCAGCAUCACCUUCUGACUGCUCAGGGGGAGUUCUACUUUCAGAGAUGGGACCCAGCCACCCAGAAGCUGACGCAGACGGACCAGACUCCCAUAGGGAUGGACCGCAUCAAGCGGUAUGUGGAUCAGCUGGUGGAGAACACGAUGGAGCCCAACAACAUCCUGAAAUUUCACGCCCUGAAAGCGUCAGGGGAUCAGAGAAUGCGACGAGCUCCAACACCUCCUAGAGACACUAGCUGGAUGCAAGGUAUGGAACUUGCUGGGGGCGACGCUCAAGCUGCACACCCUUCACAACAGCUCCCAGGCGUUGCAGUUGCAGAACAUGAUGGGGAAGGGCAAGAGUGUGGGCAAAGGCAAGCAAUCCAGGCAGUGAGCACUGACCGGCCAUUUGAUAGGCAUGCCUUCCAGCUGCUACUCAGCACUCUGGUCUUUGACAAUGACCGGAACCACUGCUUCAUCAAUGCAGCUGUGUAUGCAUCACUGUGGGCAAUUCUGAGUCGUACUGACUUUCAAGUUUCCGAUUUGGGGCCUAAGGCCACCCUGAUUGUAGAUGCCAUCCGAUCUCAUGCACAGGUCCCCAUGGUCCUAGCUGAUCAAAUUUGGUUGUCUGAAGUGAUGCAAUCAUGGCAGAACCCACACAGUCAGGGUGAUUCAGCUGAGUUCAUCUCACACUUUCUUCGGGGCUUGCAUCUUGAUGGCUUCAAUAUGAAGUGGGAACGCAGGGUGCAAAUCAAUGACAUGACCCGCCUGCUAGAUGAAAGUACAGCUGCAGCCGUGAAAUGUGACCGCCCCAUUCACUUCCGAUGGAGCAUUGAUUUGCCUUUUUUUCAAGAUCACUCUGUGCAGACUGUGAAGAAAGGAUAUCAACUCAUUUCUGCCGUGGCCCACCUAGGUAGUGAUGGAAAUGGACACUGUCAGGCACUGCUGACAACGUGGCCUGAUAUUUCCCAGGAACCGGUCAAUUUCUUGCUGACCAAUGAUGGGUUGCAGCCGCAGCGCAUCUGGGCGGAACCGGACUGGUUCAAACGCAAUGUGACGGUAUUCUGGUUAUGUGACUGUGAUUGCAUUGAUCACAUCAGAUUGCCUGCAGUUGCUCCG